UGGCGUCCGGGUGUCUUUGUGUGGAUAGGAUGGUCUAUUUGCCACUGAGGUACGCGGAUACUAUCACAGCGGAUUCUGAAUAUUUGACUUUUUAUACAUCAGUGGAAUUCCUCUCGUAGAUAUCUCAAUACUAUGUAAAAUCAACAGUAGCUAGGUUGAACAAAUUGUGUCGCGGUUUUGGUAGCUAGUUGUUUUUGCCUCUUCUAUUGCUCUACAGUGGAUGUAGUAGUAGCUAGUAGCAUCUCUCGUUCGCCGACUGACUGGAACAGUUGCUAUCAGGUUCAAUGCGGUUUUCUUCAACGAGAAAAUUCAGCUCCAGCCCAAAGUCCUGCUGCUAGCGGGACAAACAGGACCCGCUCACCCUGGACCUCAUCAGACCCAUCUUAUUCUGGGACAGGAAGGACCCGGCCACCCUGGACCACAUCAAACCAUGCUGGUACUGGGACAAAAAGGACUUGGCCCACACUCCAUCCCAGUCAGAGGGACUGGACCCUGCCACUGAGGCCCGGUACCGCCGAGAGGGGGCUCGGUUCAUCUUCGAUGUUGGCACACGGCUCGGGUUGCACUAUGACACACUGGCAACUGGAAUUGUUUACUUCCACCGCUUCUACAUGUUCCACUCCUUCAAGCAGUUUCCAAGAUAUGUGACAGGAGGAUGCUGCCUUUUCCUAGCGGGCAAAGUCGAGGAAACUCCAAAGAAGUGCAAAGACAUCAUCAAGACCGCUCGCAGCCUGCUCAAUGACAUCCAGUUUGCACAGUUUGGAGAUGAUCCCAAGGAGGAGGUGAUGGUGUUGGAGCGCAUCCUGCUACAGACCAUCAAGUUUGACCUGCAGGUGGAGCAUCCCUACCAGUUCCUGCUGCGCUAUGCCAAGCAACUCAAAGGUGACAAGAACAAGGUGCAGAAGCUGGUUCAGAUGGCCUGGACCUUUGUGAAUGACAGCCUUUGCACCAUGGUGGCCCUGCAGUGGGAGCCACAGAUCAUAGCGGUAGCUGUCAUGUAUCUGGCCGGACGUCUCUGUAAGUUCGAUAUCCAGGAGUGGACCUCCAAGCAGUCGUCCCGACGCUGGUGGGAGCAGUUUGUUCAUGAUGUGCCUGUGGAGGUGCUGGAAGAUAUCUGCCACCAGAUCCUGGACUUGUAUUCUCAGGCUAAGCAGCAGAUGCCUGAUGGAGGGAUCGGGUCUGGGGAAAACCUCCCGCAACCUUCCAUCCUGUCACCUUCAGUCCCACCACCAGCCAAGAAGGCCUCCCCUCAGACCAGCCCCAGACCAGCUCAGCCCUCUCCCAAAGAUGACAGCAAGGCCGUCAAGCUCACAAAUCUUGAACCUCCUCCACCUCCUCCUCCGCCCCCUCCUCCUCCAGUCUCCAUAAACCCAGAGCACAGACCACCUUCCUCCUACCCACCAGCCCCAGAUCUCCCCUCUAAACCACCCCCUCCACCUUUACCCCAAUGCCCACCUCCACCACCUCCUCCGCCUAAGGACCUCCCCACCUCUAAUUCCCUGGUGUCCAGCGAAGGCUACCAGAAACUCCAGUCCAUGAUGAAGACCGAGGGCUCCUGUUACACCGCUGUACCACAGGCCUGUGCCCCACCACUGGGCUACCACCAUUACCCCACAGGCACCGCUUCCUACCACACCCCCCCACUCUCAGCAUAUAGCUACCUGCUUGCACCUCCACCCCCCACAGUCAUGGGGCUGGCACCUAGUUUGAGUGGUGGGUACCCACCACCAUCAACUGUUGGACACAAUCAGCUACCCCCUCCACUGCCACCCGGGAUGCCUCCAGUCAGCGGGCUGAGUCGGGGUACGUGGAUGAGAUGAGUACGUCAGAGACAACAAAAGGCUCCGAAAAGUUCAGAUGAAAUGUUUUCAAAUAGUUCUGAUUGAUAUCGAAUCACCACAUUAGGCAACUCUAAUGGUUUGAACAUUUUCAUGUUUUAAGAUAAACACACCUGCAUUGUUGACAGUUCUUCAGAAAGUCUUCAUUAUGUGAUGAUAUGGAUCAGACAGAGUUACACAGAGUUAACAGAGUCAUGAGGUAUGGGUUACUGUCUUCAGUUUUCACAUCUGCUGUAUCUUCUGCUCAGAAAAGUCUCUUUUUACUGCCUCAUGUCCUCUUUAAAUAUUGAUAGGAACACUAUUUUGUUGCUUUGCCAUGUGGGAACGCCCCCUCAUGUCAUUUGAUCUAGUUGAUUUGAUUUUAGACAUUUUUGGUGUUGAAUAGCACAUGUGGAGUUUUAUACCGUUCUCUUUUUAUUGGCCUCUUAACAGAUCGCAGCACUGUAACACGCAGCCUUUUUCACCCUUUUAAUGUUGUGUUUCUUUUGUGUGGGAAGUGCUUUGCAUUUGAGAACAAACAGCAACUGGUUCAGUUCAGUUCACACAGAAAUAUAUUUUCUUUGUCCAUUUUUAUUAACCUGGUUUCUAAUGGCAGUUUUUUCAUUUGUUUUAUUUGUAAAGGAAGCCCUACAUGAACUUCAACUAGGUAGAAUGUAAUAAAACCACCAAGA